CUUUUGCCCGCGUAGAAUCAAAGCCAUACGACCUCCGAAGAUGCCAAGGAUAAAUGACAAAAAUCACAUUUGCUCGGUUGCAACAAAGAAAGCCAAAUGUCUGGUCACCUAGAACCAAGUUCAAGUGUCAAGAAGCCUGCAUGCCUUCGUUACAAUACUCAGUGUUGUCAUUGCCGGAUAUGUCUGACAAGAAAUCACCUCCUAGAAAGGAGAAGACACUUUUUGUACGGACACCCCAGUCAGAUAGUAAAACACUGAAACGAAAACUGCUUGCAACUGAACCCAGUCCCUGUGAAGACGAAGAACGGAAAGCGACCCCUAAGAGAAAGAAGCCACUGAACUCUGAGCCAUCACCCACACCGUCUAAUGCCCCUCCUACUCCCAAAAAUCCCAGCGGUAUCACAUCACCCCGAACUGGCCCACUGUCUGAGCGUCAGCAGAUGUUGUUUCUGAUGCGACUAACAGAUGAGACAUCACAAGAUUCGACGUCCAAACCCACCUCGCCUCAGCCAGUAGGCCAGAUAGGACCGAAGCGCACCCCUGGUGACAAAAAAGUUCACAAGCGCAACGAGCGGGGAGAGACACCUUUACAUCUUGCGGCAAUCAAAGGAGACAUCAAACAAACCAAGAAGCUCAUUAAAGCCGGAGCUGAUGUCAAUGUAGCCGACUUUGCUGGAUGGACAGCAUUACACGAAGCUUGUAACAGAGGAUAUCUUCCGAUUGCUAAACAGCUGUUGAAGGCCGGGGCUAAUGUCAAUGUCCAGGGACUGGAAAACGACACGCCACUACACGAUGCUGCCUGUAACGGCCAUGGAAAGCUGGUGGAACUACUACUGAAGCAUGGGGCCAAUCCCCUACAGCCAAAUCUGCAGGGUAAGACUCCAAUGGACGUAGCAGCCUCGUCGGACAUGAUCAAGCUGUUGAGGAAGGAAAUCAUCACCUCCAGUAGUGACAGCUCAAGUCUGGACGAUGCCCGCUCACCCACAUCUCCCGAGAGUAACUCCUCGCUGAAGGAUGAAGAUAACAGAAACACAGACUCCGAUGAUUAUAUGUCAAGAUUGCCAAAACAAGAUGGAAGUUCAAAUCAGUCUUCACUCAGCAGUAGGAGGUCAUUAAUGUCCAAAUCGGAAAAAAUGUCAUCCCCUCGUCGUCUUUUUCUAAAGUUUCAGCGGGAACAAGCUGAUGAAUUUCACGAUAAACCUUCAAAGGAACCUCAUUUCACGUCUUAUAGUGUGACAAUGGGGCCAAGUGAACAUAAGGAUUUCUUAUCGGUAGACAGCCCUGUGUCCAGUGUGGACAGUGACUUGUAUGACCCACAACUGGACAAUGUUAGGAAUUUGGACAAAGUGCGAGUCAAUUUGAUGGACACUGAAGAUGGUUUAGGGACUAGUUCCAUAGCUCGGGACAGAAUAGGAUUAAGUGGUGAGCGAAUGGGAAGUGUUGGGCCACUAGGUGGUGAUAGAGUCGGACAUGUUGGAAUCGGUGAUAGAAUUGGACAUGCAGGGCUCAGUGGUCACAUCGGACUUAGCGGUGAUGGAAUCGGCAUUAGUGGCCUCACAGGGCUUGGUGGGCUCAAUGUACGAGAAGGACUUGGACUAAUGUCGGGUCCGGGGUCUGGGAAUCGUGUGGUAGAGGAUCACUCACCCAUGACGAGUGUAAUAUCAGGUAGUAAAGUGACUUCUUCGUCUAGUGUUGAGCUGGGAUUAAGACUAGGUAUGGGUGAGUUUGGGAGGCUCAGUAAUCUUGAGCCAGACAGUCAAGAUGUUGAGUCAGUGGUCAACCCAACUCCCCCUCCUCCAACAAAGUUCCAUCUGAAAAUGAUGGAAACACAACCGUUUUCUCCACAUUUUAGUGAUAAUGAACCGAGUGAUAAUGAACUCAAAGAUCCUCCUCCCUUCUCCAUAUCAUCCAUGUCAUCAUCCUCAUCAUCAAUGCCAUCCUCAUCAUUGGUCUCGUUGUCACAAAGUGGUCGGAGGGGGAGUGUAGGGGAACAGGCUGCACACAUUCCGCAUAGUGACUCGAACAAUCGCACCAAGUUAAAAGAAUCUGUGUCCGAUCCAGGCCCCGGUAAUGGUGUGGGACACAAAUUGCUUAUAAAUACCACCACCACCACCACCUCUGUAGUCAGCUCCUCCACCACAAACCCGGUAAUUUCAUCGUCAUCUGCAUUAUCGUCCCUCUUUACAUCUGUGGUCGAUAAAAACAUUGGUGAGUUAAAUAAUUCUCAAAGUGUAGUUGUACCUGUUGUGAGUUCUUCGUCGGACAGGUUAGGAUCGGAAUGGACAGCUCCCGUAACUACUAGUUCUGUGACAUUUCCACGGAGGAACAGUGUUUCUAGUGGCAUGAUAGUGAGUAGUAUUAACGGUUCCCAAGACAGUGGAGGAGGGCACAACACAGGGGCGGGGUCAGGGAACAGUGAUCCCUCUGCCUCUUCCUCAGGGCUAAAAUGGGAGUUACGUUCAUCCUCCUCCUCCUCAUCCUCCUCUCCUAAAAACAUUGAUGAGUGGGGCAAUUUUUUGUCGUCCACAAAAUCUGAGGGCAGGCAAAGUCCAACAAAAUCUGACAAGGACCAAGAAAACAGUUCUCCAAAAUCUGAUAAAGAUGGCAGGGAAAGUUUCAGUAGACCAACUUCACCGAAAGUACCACCAUUAAAAAUCAUUAUUCCUCCAAAGGCAUCAACCUCAACAGCUAGCUUGGAGUCGUCUGUGUUUGUGAAAUCGCACUCCUCAAAGCAUGCGCUUCCAUACGUGAUAAAUCCCACACAGGAACAGGAAGCAGCAGCAGCAAAAUCAUCACAAUUGAAUCAGCCAAUCGCCAUGACAACGCUUCCCCAGGAGGCGGUCCCUACUACAAGUAGCCCCGCCUCCUCACGGCCGUCAUCGCGAGAGAGCAACACAGCAUCAAAGGAUGGUGAUAAACAGAGUUCACAAAAAGAUACAAAUAAAGAGGACAAGGUCUCUCUGUUAGAAAAUUGUAAACAGUCUGUGUCGCUAGAUUCUGUGGAGGAAAAUCUUCCUCCUCCUUGUCUGCCUGGAGACAAGGAGAAGGACCAGGAAAAAGAUAAAGACUCUAUGAGUGUCAAAAGUGGUAGUGGUAAGGAGAGUGAGAAAGAGAAAGUGGAGGAGGAAAAGGAAAGUACACAGCGAUCAACAAGGACGUUACGAUCUCACACGCAAGCAGCUCUGCAACAGAAACACUCGCACGACAAACAUCACAAGGGAGAAAAGGCAGAAAAGGGAGAUAAACAGGAAAAACAAGGGAACAAUGACACAUCAUCCAAGGAGGAAUCAACACAAAAUGUUUCAAAGAUCAACAAAGAGGAGGAGGAAUCGUACGACAUUCACCCAAGAAAGAGGAAGUUACGAUCAAAAAUAGAAACAAAUACUGUGAGCCAACCUGCACCUCCAGAACCUCCACCACAUGUACAACUACCAGCAGUGUCCUACGAAAAACCUCCCAAUCCUUUUGAAUUGUAUCUCUCUAUUAGGAAGCAGGUGGCGAUGAAACAUAAGCAGUGGUCAGUAGUGCAGCCUAAUGCCCCAAAGGGCUAUAAGGACUACCUAAUGGUCAGCUGUAGUUAUGUCCUACAGGGCAACAAUGCCAGUACCCUGUCUGUUCCUAUGUUGUCUCCCCCUAAUUCUGUAACGGGCACAAUGCGCGACCUGUUCGUGGAACAGGAGAAGGCACGGUACAAACUACGACUCCAGCAUCUCAUAGAGAGGGAAAAGCUGACACUUUCAGUGGAACAGGAGAUUAUCAGGGAACAUGGGCGGGCUGCCCGAGCAUUGGCCAAUCAGAGUCUACCUUUAAGUAUGUGUACGUUACUACGAGAUGAGGAGAUCUACAACACUAUAGAUCCAGAACAGGUGGAAGAGAAGGAAAAAAAUGUCCGUUCCAGGUACAAUGGCCGACAAUUUCUAUCCUGGUUAAAAGAUGUAGAUGAUAAAUAUGAAAAAAUUAAGGAGUCGCUUCUUUUGCGACAUCAUCAUGAAGCCGAAUCGUUAUUUGCUGUACAGAAAAUGGACUGGGAGUGGAAGAUGAAGGAAAUGAGUUUAUGUGACCAUAAGAGUAUUCCCACGAUAGACGAUCUUCAUGUCCCCAUGGUUCAAGUCAAUGACGAUUUUGAGCUUCGACCCACGUAGCACAAUAUGGCAGCUUGUUAGAAGAUUCUUUUUUUUUUAAUGACGUUCAUUUCUCACCCUUUGUAUCAUGAAUGGGUCUGUUACGACGGAACCUUUGUGUGUAUAGAGAGAAAAAUAAUUAGAUAUUGACAAGGACAUUGUAUCUGUUUAUCAUGGAAUGAUGUGUGCUAUUAUUAAGUAUGGUAGUGAAAUCAUGGUUUAAACAAAUUGAUGUACAACCUGUUUGUCUCUGUACAUAAUAUGGUCGGGUUUAGUUGGAAUAUUUGUCCGUAUCUGUUUGUAUCUAACAAUGAAAGUUCAGUUCCUCGAGAUCAGAUUGACAUGAAAUGCCAAAUUUUGUAAAGUCUUGUAUUUUUUUAAGACUUGAUCAACUUCACUUCAGAUUAAUUUUCAAUAUCGUUGUCUGGGUACACCUUAUUUUUAGAAUUCAUCAAAACAAAUAUUGACAGACCAUAUUUAUAAAUUUUCAUACAGAUUCAUAGCUAACCAGUUCUUCACUACAGACAGGACAGUAAAAUCUGACAACAACCAUAUUUGGUGAUAAUAUAACCAUAUUUGGUGAUAAUUUAACCAUAUUUGGUGAUAAUUUAACCAUAUUUGGUGAUAAUAUAACCAUAUUUGGUGACAAUAAAACCAUAUUUGGUGAUCAUAUUUCAGCAUGUUGCCCAAUUUCAUUUUUAGCACUAAUUUUCAUGGAUAAUUAAAAAAGGUGUAUACAUGUUUUUUUGUCUUACAUAGGAAUGUGAUAUAUUCCUAGAAAUUCAAUCAUCAAGACAUUUUAUAUCAUUUUGAUAGCAGUUGGGGGAGAUGGGGGUUGGAGGGAGGGAUACACUGUCUUGCUGAACUCAGUAAUGGGCUGGUCCUAUAAUUACAUUGAGUCAGCUCGUUCGGUUGCAAAUGAUCUAAUAUUAAGAUCAUCCCAGAUAUGUAAUGAUUUGACAUUUUCAUAUUAAAAGCCAUGUACAGAAGUAUUUUUCAACUUUUCCAUGAUAAAAAUUCUAUUAUACAAACCUGAAAUUUUUUGGUUCAUCAAUUGUUGUUUUAGGCCAUUGAGUCAAAGAACCUACCGUCGUUUAUUUGCUCAAAUGUUGUUUUUAUAAGCUAACAUAAAAUAUCACCUUGGAACUUCGGAGCUGAAAAACUAAUGACAAAACGAUGUGGAGUAUUCAAUUGAAUACAACGUAUUACAUAUUUUCUGUAUAAUAUAGAUUUUAAGUUUGUGAAAAUUAGUGCUCAUUGAAAUUUGUUUUCUCUGUUCUGUCAUACUUAGAAACUGACUCGAGUUAAUGAUAUUCGAUAUAAAUAUAUAUAUAGAUUCAUCAUAUCAUCUGCCUUGUCAUCGUCAUUUUCGUCGCUUUUGUAAAUAUCCUUCCCUGUGUAAAGAUGUAUAAUUAUACAUAUGUACAAACUGUAGGCAAUCGUACAUGCAUGGUAUGGUGUAUGUAUAUUUGCCAUUGUGAGUGAUAAUGUUCACUACAGACUUUCUUUAAAGAGAUUUGUGACUAUUGUAGAUGUUACCUGAUUGAUAAUGCACAAUAUUUGUUUAUCAAUUGCUUGUUGGAUUAUAUAAAUAUAUAUAUAAAGACGUAUACAUAUUUUUUUGCCAAGGUAAAUUGAUUCAGUAGUGGAAACAUGGAAAAACACGUUUUAGAUAUAUAUAAAAACAGUUAUAGUGUUUUUAAAAUAGUAUAACUGUCCCGUAGAAAAAAUAUGAGAAUAUUAUCAACAGUUAAAUCUUCUCUUGUUGUGACUAUGGGGGUGUGUGUAUGUUUAAAGGUGUGUGUGAUUUUUUCCCUGUUUCUUGUCUUUCAUUAUUUUCUUUUUUUCUUUUGACAGGUUGGAAUCGAGUCCAAAUGUCGGGGAAUUAAAAUAUGUCAUUAAUGGGAAGAUAACGCAUUUUAAUAUCUCGAUUUUUCUUUUUUUCUUGAUAUGGGGCAUGUAUUUAUAAAACUUACAGCAUACGAAGAGCUAAACUGUGCUAUUUGAUACAACUUACUUAUGAUUAUUUAUCAUCUUUAUAACUCUUAGAUUUAAAAGAAAGAGAACCCACUUCACCCAUGUAUCACAUUCUAUUAUAACAACUUUUUAUUCUUCUUUCUUCUUCACAUACUUUCACAUAUUGUCAAAUUUGUUGUUCAAAUUAAAAACUUUUUGGAAAUAUUGACGUUUUGGAGAUGCAGUGAUGAUAUUUGGGACCUGCAUGCUAUUUUCGUUCAUGAAUUUAUACCAUGGCUCAUGAUCAGUGCUGUAUGAUAUUAAAAUCUUAAAUUCUGUGUCGCUAUAUCGAUAUUGUAUUUGACUGUUGAAUUUCAGUUUUCAUUUCACUUGAAAUAUCCACUGCAUGAAAUAUAUUUUUCUCUAUUUUGGUUAAGAUCAAUUUAAAUAAUUCAGUAUGAUUUUCAUGCUGUGUUUGAAAAUUUCAUAUACAAAACAUUUUUGAUUUUAAAUGAAUUGUAAACACGUUUUUCAGUAAUUUAAAAAUUUUGUCACAGUCCAUAAAUUUGUAGAUUUUCUUUUCCAUCACUUAAUUAUGUCACUUACAUGUUGUCCUUGAUUGAAAACUUCAUUUCCUAAGAAGUUUCUUCUUUUCUUCUAUUCUUGUCUCGCCUCCUGCAUUGUCAUUAACUUUUCUCCUUAUAGUUUUACAUUUGAUCCGUUUCUCAAAAAGUAUUUGUCCAACUUUAACCAAACUUGGCAUUUAGUUGGAUCACAUAGUGGACAUCUCAACACAGCCUUCAUUUAUGGAAUAUCAUUCAAAAUGGCCCAGUGACUCGGGAAAUUAAGGAUGCUGGAAAUCUGGACUUAAAAAUUUGUGUUAAGCUCAUUUCUGUUAUUUCAACCAAACCUGAAACAUAGUUGCAUUGUAGUAUGGACAUCUCAACACACCCAAACAGAUUACAUGAAUUUAUAAUUUAUUGCUAUAUUUUUUUUGGUUAAAAUCUUAGACUUUGAGAAAUUUAUGUAAAUUUUUUAUUGCUUCUCCAAUUGGUUUACAAAUAAGUUUGUAGCCAAAUUGGAAUAAAUUCGAUCAUGUAUCAAAUAUAUUUUCCUCUCACAUUUCAGAAAAAGUGAUUGUUGGAGUAAAAUCGACAUAUUUGGAUGAAUUUAAAAAAAUUAAUGAUUUCAUCAGAUUUUUUUGAUGAAUCAAUAUUUCCAAAUGUCAAGAAUGUAUACAGGGUGUUUCCAUAAUGUAAUGUGAAGAGUUAUAGGUUGUUUUUUUAGAAAAAAUGCUGAAAUUUUAUUGAAUUAAGAGCUGACUUUAUUGACAAUGCAGGACAGGUGAGACAUAAUUACGUGUAAUUCUUAAUCUUUUUUGAGGUCAUGCAUUGGAUACAGUAUGGCAUUACGAAGGUAUUUGUAAGCCAGUUAGGAUCGAGAUGACAUUAUAGCUGAUAGACUAUAUCACUUUCCUUCCAUACAACUUUACAUAUUAGUAUUGGAAUUCCCAAUUUAAAAGUAGUUUGACCACAUUGUGCCAAUAAUAUUAAUAUGUUGUUACUAAUAUUUUCUUCAAACAAUAUACCAGGUAUGAUUAAAAAAUGAUAAAAAAAAUUAUUGUUUAAAAAGAUUAUUUGUUACACCAUUGAAAACUGCAUUCUAAGAAUAGCGAUGAUGAUUAUUAGAUAAAAAGAAGUCUCAAAAGGGGGCUAUCAUUGGAAAACUAACAUUUUUAAGAGAAAACUAGAAAAUAUAUUAAAUUAAUAACAACUUAAUGUACAUUGCUGUUGAUGGCAUAUGCUAGACAUUUUAGAUAAUUAAACUUAUAAAACAAAUAGUGUUUCUAUAAUUGUAUGGCUUCGAAGUAGAGAUUGGUGAUGGUUUAAAAGGGAACGGUUACAGAAGUUACAGAAUUGAUAUAUACAAGGUUGUGUUGUGAACAGUUGGUACACAAUCUAGCUGUGUUGUAUAGGGCUCUUGGUGCAAAUUGUAGGUUUAUUUAUAGGGACUACUAUGUGAUACCCAUUACCAGGUAGGACUGAAAUGCAAAAAAUCAUAAUUUAAGAUCAUCAAAAAAAUCAACGAUAUAGGCAGAAUUACUAGUAGGAUGUUUCCGAAUUAUUUUGUUUUAACAGCUUUUUUACUUGUUUUUGAGUUAUCUCGUAAAGUUGUGCACUGAAUGAAUACAAAUGAAAUUGUGACUUACCGGUAUUUAUGAUGUGGCAUUAGUUCCGACGGGUUCCAUUGAAUUUGGAAGUGAUGAUCUUGUACCAUUCAUUUAUUUUAAUUUUGUUUGAAAUUUUCCACGUUAGGGGGCAUACUAUCAUCCUCAAAUUGAAUUCAAAAGAAGACAUCAAAUUAUCAAUAUUAAAAGUUAUCCUCGCUUCGCUGAAUUGAUUCUGGGAUAGAAUGAUUGUAAUUUGUGUGUUUAAGUCGAUUAGAUAACUCUGCUUUACCAUGUUUUUAUGUGGAGAGAAUACUGAAUUUUAAGAGUCAGUAAUAUAAGACUCCAGAGCUAGUUAAGACCAUACAAUGGAAUAUACAGUGUAGAUUUAUGUGAAACAGUGUAGAUUUACCUGAAACAGUGUAGAUUUACGUGAAACAGUGUAGAUUUACGUGAAACAGUGUAGAUUUACGUGAAACUGUAGAUUUACAUGAAACAGUGUAGAUUUACCUAAAACAGUAGAUUUACCUGAAACAGUGUAGAUUUACGUGAAACAGUGUAGAUUUACGUGAAACAGUAGAUUUACGUGAAACGGUGUGGAUUUACCUGAAACAGUAGAUUUACGUGAACAGUGUAGAUUUACCUGAAACAAUGAGAUUUACCUGAAACAGUGUAGAUUUACCUGAAACAGUGUAGAUUUACGUGAAACAGAGCUAAUAUACUUAGACCUGUGCAUCAUUCAAAAGUAAACAUUUCAGCCACAAAUUGUCUUGAUUUAGAUACAAAAUUUUAUGUACAAGCUAAAAGCAAAAUAAUUCUUCCUAUUAAUAUAUCAUGUAGUCUAUUUUGAUUAUAAUUUGUUUGCACUCUAUAUGGGGAUAAUGAUAUAUUACACAACACUCAAUGAAUAUUUGAUUGUAUUAAUGCUAUCACAUUAUCAAUUUUAUCUGAUUCUGCUUGCGGAAUACUGAAACUUUGAUCCAUGGAAAAUUAAUUUGAAAAGAACAUCCAUGGAUUUUUUUUUUUAUAUAUAUAUAUUUCUUUCUGUUGUCGUGGUCUUCUUUUCUUUAAGAUUAAUUAUAAACAUUUUCGUCCAUCUACUGUCAUAAAGUCAUCCCAUCGUUGUCAUUGGUGUACACUAUUCAUAUGGUACUAGAGAAAAUGAUCUUCACCCCUUAAAUCUGUAUUGGAUCCUUCUGUUCAAUGGUUGGGAUCAUCUCAUGGUAUUAAAGAAGGGAUAGGAAAAUCUGAAGAUUUUUUUGUCUUAUUGCAUUUACAUUAUUACUGAAGUCUGUUGAUGUACUGGGAAUUAGUACAUUUAGGAUGGCAAAUAGUACUGUAUGCUUUGUACUGGCUUUCUAACAUAUAGUAGUGAAUCUGACGAGGGUUAGAAGCUUUCUAUUGGACAACAGACAGCUUAUGUUUCUGUGUGUAACUGCGUUUUAUUGGGCCGAGGAAAAACUUAAUAGGUUUUCCUUUCCAAGUGUUCAAAUAAAAUGUACAGAAAUAUUAA